GGACUGUGGGAAUAAAGUGGGAAUCCCUCCCCGCCCUCAAUAAACCACCUAAUGGCCUCAACUGGGGCUCACCUGGUAUGCUAACGUCAUGGGGAGCUGCUACAGCUACCUGUGCAGAGACAGUGUCCCAGACAACCACCCCACCAAGUUUAAGGUAACAAAUGUGGAUGAUGAGGGUAACGCGCUGGGAUCUGGGAUUAUGGAGCUAACGCAGAUGGAGCUCAUCUUGCACACACACAAGCGCGAUGCUGUCAGGUGGCCGUACCUUUGCCUGCGCCGCUAUGGCUAUGACUCCAACCUCUUCUCCUUCGAGAGCGGACGCCGCUGCCAGACCGGACAAGGGAUAUUUGCCUUCAAGUGUUCAAGGGCAGAGGAGAUCUUUAACUUGCUGCAGGACCUGAUGCAGUGUAAUAGUAUCAAUGUGGUGGAGGAGCCAGUCAUCAUGACUAGGGGCAAUCACUCCACUGAGCUGGAGCUAUCCCGGACACCCCAGACAACCAACACUCUGGGAUACACUGUUCCAGGGUUCCCCAAUGGAUUCCACAGCUUCCCUGGGGAAGCCCCAUCCUACUCCACGGCCCGACACCCUUCCAUGAACAGCUUGAGACACUCCUCCAUUGGGGAGGACUCCACACAUGCCCUCAUUGGGCCAGAUGAACAGUCCCACACCUAUGUGAACACAACCAGUGGCGAGGAGGAGAUGAGGGGCCGGCACUGCAUGCACUCGCUGCCUGAAGUCCAUCCUCCUUUUCUGCACGGGAACCACAGCUGCUCUCUGGAGGACCGAAACCCCCAGGUCUUCCUGCAGCCGGGGGAGGUGAAGUUUGUGCUGGGCCCUGCCCCAGUUCACAGGCACAUGGUGAAACGUGACAGCUCCUGCCGUUACUAUCGGGAGUGCGGGGGGCACAUCUGCGGCCCUAACAACAACAACGAGUGCAAGGAUGAAUGUCUCGUGCCCAGGUGCGUAUAUGAGAAUGUGAAUGGCCUGCUGCCUGCUGGGGGCACAUCUCUUCGGCGUGGCGGGCGCUUGAAACUCACCCGGGAGGACCUGGGCUUAAACAGCUGCUCUCACCGCAGGACGCCCCUGCUGCACUACGAGAACCUGCCUUCCUUGCCUCCUGUGUGGGAGUGCCAGCCGCUGCGGCAGGACGAGGACUCUGGGGACACGCUGACUCCUUCUCCGAAUGGCUACCCCGAGCCGGACGAAGGUGACCCCCUGCAAAACUACAUGAACUCUGAGAACACCGCACUGCACAGCGGCCUACGUCGGGAUGACUUCUUGCAGCACCGCCACAACUGCACACCUAGUGUCUUCAGCUUCGACUUCCGCCGGCCCUGCCCGGAGCAGCAGCGGCAGCUCAACUACAUCCAGGUGGAGCUGGAGGCUGACCCCCACAAGGGGCGCCAGAGCCUCCAGGUGCCCUGCGCCCCGCUUCCUGCCGCCCACCCAGCCAGCAGGAUGGACUCCUACGCGGUCAUUGACCUUAAAAAGACAGCAGCCAUGUCCAACUUGCAGAGAGCGCUGCCCAGAGACGAUGGGACUUCAAGGAAAACUCGGCAUAACAGCACCGACUUGCCUCUGUAAGGGAAACACUGCGUGCAAGCGCUGCAUUGUGGCUUUCGUACCUGCCUUUCAGUGUAUCGUGUAGCGUGACUUUCGUUCUCUAUUGCCCCGACGCCCUGUUAACCCUAUUGCUCAAUACAGCAUCCUGGGAUAGCUCCAGCAAGCGGACUUUACAAAUGUCUGCCUGCCUCUCUCCGUUCCUCCCAUGUCAUUUGUUUCUAAAGCCUUGCAGAGUAGCAGAAAACGGUCUUUAUUUAUUUAUUUAUUUAAGUUAUUUUGUGGGGUGCCAGCAUUUGAAACGGCACCAAGCGGAGUAUAAAUGUAAACAGGUCAUUCAUGGACCAGGGUCAGUCCCCCUGCUUUCAUGUCAUCCAUGUGGAGAGGAGACGGGGGAGGGAUAGCUCAGUGGUUUGAGCAUUGGCCUGCUAAACCCAGGGUUGUGAGUUUAAUCCUUGAGGGGGCCAUUUAGGGAUCUGGGGCAAAAAUCUGACUGGGGAUUGGUCCUGCCUUGAGCAGGGGAGUGGACUAGAUGACCUCCUGAGGUCCCUUCCAACCCUGAUAUUCUAUGAUUCUAUGAGGGGUGGAGAGAGUAUUGGGAGUGUUUAAAAAAAAAAAAAAAACCCAUAGGAGCAGGGGGAAAGACUGGGAAUGCAAGUGGAGUUUGAGGUUUGGGAUCAGGGAGCCCUUGGUGUGUACUUAUCUGUCUGCCUUUUUUGUGGAUAUUCAGAAAUGUUUUCCAGCUGUCAGUUUAUUUAUUUGUUUUAUUUUUCUAUCUAUUUAUUUUAUUUUGUAAACAUUCUUUUGCACCA